UGUUCUAUUAUCAUUCUGCUCUACUUGCUUAACUUGCUGAAUUCUAAACAGAAAUUUCCCAAAUUUCAACUCUAAUUCAAUCAUGCCUGCCGCUACUCCCAAGAAAGCCGCAACCCCCAAGAAGGCAGCAGCUGCCAAGACAGCAUCGCACCCACACUUCGCCUCGAUGAUCAAGAAGGCAGUGAAAGAACUGAACGAGAAGGGGGGCUCGAGCAAAGCUGCCAUCAUGAAAUACAUCAACGCCAACUACAAAGUGGACGAGAAGGCCGCCAACCAUGUCAAAACCGCCCUUCGAAGAAUGAUCUCCAAAAAAGAACUGGUCCACGCUUCAACAAAGAGCCACGGAGCCAGCGGAAGCUUCAAAUUGCCAUCGAAAGAGCCGGCAGCAAAGAAGCCAGCCAAGAAGACUAGCCCGAAAAAGAAGUCUCCAGUCAAAAAAGCCCUAGCCUCGCCAAAACCCGCAGCAGCAAAGAAGGCCACAACACCGAAGAAAGCAAAGAGUCCGGCUAAACCCAAGGCCAAGAAGUCUCCAGCCAAGAAAGCAGCUGGUAAGAAGCCAGCCAAGAAGUGAAGAGAGAAUCUUUUGAAGAACUCCAUCUCGCAAUAUUAGAAACUCGCUAUUUAGCUGAACUGAGAUUUAAUUUUCUAUUUCUCAUUGUUGAUUAUUUGUUUUAGACUGAUUAGUCUCUAAACUAUUAUUUGUAUAAUGCUUCUUUGAAUUAAAAUAAAAUGAAAUGA